AAGCGUCCCUUGGGCACUGGGCGGGUCUGCGGCGGGAUCGAUCAAGGAAACUUCACUGAAGAUGUCUAAGCAACAGCCAACUCAGUUUAUAAAUCCAGAAACUCCUGGCUAUGUCGGAUUUGCACAUCUUCCCAAUCAAGUUCACCGAAAAUCAGUGAAAAAGGGUUUUGAGUUCACACUAAUGGUGGUCAGUGAAUCGGGUCUUAGAAAAUCAACUCUCAUAAACAGCCUGUUCCUCACUGACCUUUACCCGGUCAUCCCCGGAGCUGUAGAGAAAAUUGAAAGAACUGUCCAGAUUGAGGCUUCAACUGUGGAGAUCGAGGAGCGAGGGGUCAAGCUACGCCUGACAGUGGUGGACGCGCCUGGCUAUGGGGACGCCACCAACUGCAGGGAUUGUUUUAAGACCAUCAUCUCCUACAUCGAUGAGCAGUUUGAACUGCAUGACGAGAGUGGCUUGAACAGACGGCACAUCAUUGAUAAUAGAGUGCACUGCUGCUUUUACUUUAUCUCGCCCUUUGGACACGGACUUAAGCCUUUAGAUGUCGCAUUUAUGAAAGCAAUACACAAUGAGGUGAACAUCGUGCCUGUCAUUGCCAAAGCUGACACGCUCACCCUGAAGGAACGGGAGCACUUGAAGAAGAGGAUUCUGGAUGAAAUUGAAGAACAUAACAUCAAAAUCUAUCAUUUACCUGAUGCAGAAUCAGAUGAAGAUGAGGACUUUAAAGAGCAGACUAGACUUCUCAAGGCCAGUAUCCCAUUCUCUGUGGUUGGAUCCAAUCAGUUGAUUGAAGCCAAGGGCAAGAAGGUCAGAGGCUGCCUCUACCCGUUGGGCAUUGUGGAGGUGGAGAACCCGGAGCACAGUGACUUUCUGAAGCUGCGGACGAUGCUCAUCACCCACAUGCAGGAUCUCCAGGAGGUGACUCAGGACCUUCACUAUGAAAACUUCCACUCUGAGAGGCUCAAGAGAGGCAGCAGGAAAGUGGAAAACGAGGACAUGAAUAAAGACCAGAUCCUGCUGGAGAAGGAAGCAGAGCUCUGCUGCAUGCAGGAGAUGAUCGCCAGGAUGCAGGCGCAGAUGCAGCUGCAAAUGCAGGGUGGGGAUGGCGACAGCGGGGCCCAUGGGCAUCAUGUGUGAGAAAACGCUUUACAAGAUAGAGAAAACAUUCCACAUGAAUUCUACAGCUGCGUGUUUCCGAGAGAUCAUUGGAAGGGUGCCCAUCCACAUUUUACAGUACCAGUGCCUGAGAAUUUAAUUUUUUUUAAAGCUUUUGAUGUGUUGUUUUGUAUGAAGUGCUUUUAACAUUUAUAUUUCGUUGUUAUGUUAUACUUUAUAUUUUGUGAGGUGAACCUUGCAUUUUUCAUAUUUCUUCCACCUUGACUAACCACUAAUGUUGGAGCUGAUUUCCAGGAUCAGUCAUUAUAUAUAAUUAACAUUGAAUUUCUUUGAUUUGGCUGGCCUGACUAGUUGUUGAGGAGCACUCUUGAUUUCAUUUCUAGAACAUCCGGAUGUAGCCAGCCUGUGCCUGGGUGCUAGCAAUGUGGACCCAGUGAUGGGGAAAGGUGAGCUGGCAUCUUCAGGGCACUCACCUGCCAGGUCACCAGGAUGGCACUUCUCCCUUGCUUCACUUUGCUUUGAGCACAAUACCUAAAACCAGUUUUGCUGCUGUAAUUCAGUACUGUUAAUUCAUCUGCACAUUUGCUUUUUUACCAAGUAAAACAGAAUUAUUAUCUAAUAUUGUAUGUGUAUACUUAAAUAGCUCUUUUAAAAACAGGUAAUCAGGGUCAAAUUUUAAGUCUUUGGCUUCUGGUGCUAGGUAAUUUUUUAAGCUGCUCUGCAGAAAACACCACAAGCCACGUUUUGUAGUGUUCCCCACUGAUACUGGUAAUACCCCGCUAUGACAGCGAGUGUCCGUGAGCUCCAGUUUUCAUAUUACAGCAACAAUUCUUACCCACACAGAGCCAAUAAAUGAUUUUUACUCAACUAACAUGAAAAGUAACUUUUUUAAGGAAAAUUAAUAAAUGAUAUAUUUAGAAACCA